AUGACGACUUCCGAUCUUCAACAACGCAGCAGCCGUCACGAUCUCAAUACAACUAAGGAUCUACCCACAAGUCCUGAGUCAAUCACGCCCAAAUGGCUCUCGGAAUCAUUUGGCCUAAAAGUCGAGGGUAUCAAUAUUCGUCAUGUAAUUCCUGGAACGGCAACCAAGGUGCUGGCGGAUUUGGUAUAUCCCGUGGGCUCCCGGGUCAAAGACAAGUCAAGCAGCCACCCUACAGCAAUAUGCAUCAAGGGUGGAUUCGAUCAGAGCCUCUUCGACCUUGGAAUGACCUCGGCGUACUUGAGAGAGGCUUACUUCUUUGCCGAGUUCGGGAACAGCGAACAUGUACGCACUCCGCACAUGUGGUACGGCGCAACGAAUCCCACUCAAGGUCAGGGGAUCGUCAUUAUGGAGGACUUGUCGGCAAAGGGAUGCAAAUUCGGCGAAUGCACAGAGCCUUGGAAUCCGGCCAUCGUUGGCCGCGUCUUGCAGCAGCUUGCCGCCUUACAUGCUGCAACAUGGGGUGCGAAUCCUGCGGACCAUCCAUGGCUUGCCGAUAACCCAGUGCAGGAUGUCGGCGCCGUUAUGUUCGCACCGGAAUACUGGGACUCCCACUUCAAUACUGGCCAAGCGCCUUCAGAUGUUCCCGAUUUUCUGCGAGACAGGGCCCGCGUGCAUGCAGCCUUCAAGCAAAUGUGGGAGGAGGAGAAGAAUGACACGCGGUUGAGAUGCAUCUUGCAUGGCGAUGCACACAUUGGAAACACGUACUUUGAAAAGGAUGAAGACCCAGUCCUCCUAGACUAUCAGACGGUAUACAUUGGCUCAGCUAUGCAUGACGUCGCCUACUGGAUCGGCGGGUCAUUGAGCACUGAGGAUCGUCGACUCCACGAGCGAGAGUUGCUGGACACGUACUUAUGUGCGCUCCAUGUCAACGGAGCCCCCUUAUUCCAGCGACACGAAGUGUGGGAGGACUAUUCGAAGCACAUGCUUCACGGUUUCUUCUGGGUGAUUACGGGCACGGCUAUGCAGACGAGGGAGAGGGCACACGCAAUGGCCCAGCGAUUCAUCGCAUCCAUAGAGGACCUAUCCAGCCUGUAUUUGCUUGAAUCUCGGAAGAAGCGUACCGCAGAUUCUGAGGAAGUAGUAAAUGGGAAUUAA